GUCUUUUUCAGCAGCUUGGAUGUGGUCCACAAUGCGAGGGCACAGGGCAUUCUUCAUGCUCAUACUUUUACAUCUUUUUACCAAAACCACUUCAGGGGUCUUUGUUUCCAGCUGUGAUUCAUGUCAUGUGGAAUCCACCUGCUUGGAGUCACAAGAAAGAGGCGACUCUUUCUCCAGCCCGGUUCUCUCUUGUGUCUGUAAAGACGGUUUCGUAGGUGAUGGUCUAAGCUGCUACGACAUAAAACUCUGCAAUGACUCGUCGUGCUGUAGUCAAGGUUUCCACUGGUCACCAGACAGUGGAUGUGUGGACAUUGACGAGUGCUCCCUCUCUAACCCACCCUGCACGCCACCUGAGAUUUGCUACAACACACCAGGCUCAUUUGAAUGUCUGGUGCCUUCCUCCAGGACCAGAAUAACUCCCUCCUCUCAGUCGGUCCAGUUCAGCUGUGGACACACAGUUUGUCCUUUAGGCUGGGACUGCAUCCAAAGCAAUGGGACGGCUGAAUGUGCUGAUCCAUGUGACCUCUACACUGUACUGAAUGAUGACUGGCGUUCAACAAAUAACACUGGUAAUGCAGUCAUACACUGUGAUCGAGAUAUUAAUUGGCAGGGCUGGUAUCGCCUGUUGCUGGAAGAGACCAGUGCUCAAAUUCCAGAGAGGUGUGUAGAAACAUACAGGUGUGGGACUCAUGCACCUUUGUGGAUAACAGAACCUCAUCCAACAAAGUCAGAUGGAAUUGUAAAUCGCACAGUUUGUAAUUCCUGGGGAGGGAGCUGCUGUUAUUUCAGCUCACAUACCAUUCUUGUCAAACGCUGUCAUGACUACUAUGUCUACAAACUUGAUAUACCAUCCACAUGCCACCUUGCAUACUGCACAGAGGUGAGCGUAUUAGAUCCUGGAGUUUCUUCCACAACGCCUAACCCGAUAUCACAGACAUCUGCCGCAAAUCUGGUAAACACUACUACCACAAUCAACAGCACUAUUUUUCCGGCGACACCAGAACCAUCAAACGUCACAACAACUCCAGCGACAUGGACCAACAUUACCACAACACCAGCAGACAACAGCACAGGAGUUGAGGGUCAGGUCCGUCUGGCCAAUGGAGGAAACAGCUCUUGCUCUGGGAGAGUGGAGAUCUUCCACAGUGGACAGUGGGGCACAGUGUGUGAUGAUUCCUGGGACCUGAAUGAUGCUAACGUGGUGUGCAGACAGCUGGGCUGUGGAAGGGCUCGUUCUGCGCUCCAAAGUGCAGCAUUUGGACAAGGAACUGGACCCAUCUGGCUGGAUGAUGUCAGAUGUUUUGGAAAUGAAUCAUCAAUAACAGACUGUGGACAUCUGGGGUUUGGAAUCCACAACUGUGGUCAUAAUGAAGAUGCAAGUGCUGUAUGUGAAGUUCAGCAACCUUCACUCCCGCCUACCCAACUUAUCUGUGGCCGUGACAAACUCCAGGUAGGACUCCUUUUGAGUAGUGUGGUUUCUGCUGGUUUGGAUCCAUUCUCUGGCAACUUGGCUUCUCGCAAUUGCUCCUGGGUCACAAUACGCGAUGAUAUUGUUUGGUACGAAGUGGAGGCUAAGGCCGGUGCCUGUGGAAACAUCCUGAGUACCAACCGCACACAUGCCAUCUACUCCAACAGUUUAUUUAUCUAUCCAACUAAUGUAUCCUUUGCGGUUCCUGUGAGUCUUCCCUUCUCCUGCGCUUAUUCCCUGGACACAGACACCAGCCUGAACGUGGCUAUCAGACCAGAGCUAUCGUUGGCAGGUGGCAUUUCAGGUUCCGGUCCAAAAGCAAGAGCCUCAAUGUAUCUGUUUCGUGACUCCAGCUACACUGAGACUUAUCCUGCAGGCAGGGUUACCCUCCCUGUGGGCUCACCGCUGUAUGUGGGUGUCUUUGUGGACAGGAGAGACACAAGCUUCACACUUGUUCUGGAAGACUGCUUUGCCACUCACUCAUCAAGCCCUAAUGAUCCCACACAAUACCCUCUGAUCCACAACAAGUGUCCAACAAGCCGCCAGCAGGUGUCAGUGACUGAGAGCGGCUCAUCCCUCCAGGCCCGUUUCUCUGCUCUGUUGUUCCUGUUCCAGGACGGAUACAGAGAUAUUUAUCUUCACUGUGGACUCAGCCUGUGUGACCAAAGAAUCUCCUACUGUGUUCCUAACUGCAGAAGCAGGACACAACGCUCUGUUUCCAGAUCUGCUUAUCUGAAGCCCAUCACCAUUGGACCAAUCAUUUGGGACAAGCCAGCAGAGUGACCUGCAGCAUCCAAUAAUAGACAUUUGAAAGGAUUUUUUUUCAUUAUUCAUAGUACAUAAAAUAAAAUGUAUUACACUGUAUAAUUAAAGUGUACCAUUCAUUAGUUCUACUGCCAUUGUUAUCAAACUAUUAUCAAAAUCAAUAUGUCACAAUAAAAAUUAGGGCACUAACACUCUC